AUGGAGGUAGUUGGCGACGGCGAGCGGCGUACACCAAGAGUGGUGGGACGUACGCCAGCCGUCGUUGAGACUGGGGGCCCACGAGUUCGACGGUUGGACUCUCGGAGUGAAGUGGAAGGCUUGGUUAUCGCCGGGGUAGGUUCGGUUGGGGUUAGAAGCAGCGGCAAUGGUGGUGGCUGCGGUGGUGAUCAAUUGGAGACAUCGUCGAGAGAUCCGGCAAGGGGUAAGGACUCGGUGGUUAUGGAGGAAACGUCCGGAGAGAUGCCAGUAGGGGUGGCUAAGUUUAGGCUAGCAGUGGGGUCUUCGGCGCAUGUUCUCAUUACCCGCGGAGACUUUGCAGAGUUUGUUACGGAGGAGGAACUUGGCCGGUUGCUCCGAGAGAAUCCGGAGAGAGGAGCAACUAGUACUCGGGGACAUGGUGGUCCAGCUCGCUCGCUCGAGCUGUACAAAGAGUUGCCUGAGCGAGUCAGGGCUUUGGUAGAUGCUGCAGGGUUCAAACCGUUCAUCCUCACUCUGACGGCGGUGAAAAGUGACCAUGCUUUACUUACUGCGCUGGCUGAGAGGUGGUGGGACUCAUCGAACACCUUCCACUUUCCGAUCGGGGAGAUGAUAGUGACCUCGUUAGACUUCGCAGCUCUUACUGGCCUGAGGGUAGGAGGAGAGCCCAUCCCGUUUGACUCAGGAAUUCAUAGAGAUACUGAGGCAUUGGGAUGGUUCUUGGGACAGGUACCGAAGGGUGGUGCAGAGACGGUCCAUUAUGAGCAGUUCAAGAGGUACUUGCAGAGGAGGGUAUCGGUCUCAGAGCAAGAAGUGGAGCAGAUGGCGAGAGCCUAUCUGUUGUACUUGUUUGGGGCCACGCUGUACCUAAAUAAGCGGGCUACAAUGCACCUGUCUUACUUGCCAGCUCUCCGCAACCUACACACGGCUUCUAGGUACAACUGGGGAGGAACAACUUUUGGGGUCUGCUAUGGCUUCAUGGGCGAGUUCUCGCGAGGGAAAAAGGCGACUACCGGCUAUUGGAGAGUAUGGGAGUUGUGGGCUUAUGAGGUGUUGAAGAUGUACCCUCUAGAGAAUAAGUGCCCAGACUUGAGAAUGCUUCCACGUGCCAUGAUCUGGGGGCCUUUGCAUAGAGGCAAGAAGAAAUCCAGAGGGAGCCUCCUAGCCUUCCGGUCGUACCUUGACGAGUUAUCCGGCAUCCAGGUGGAGUGGAAUCCAUGGAGCAAUGUAGAGCCCGAGCCUGAGUACCUGGCGAGGAGUAGGGUGGUGAUUGUGAGCCGAGUGCUUCUAGAGUCGGCUUUUGGGUGGCAGUGGUACUUGGGCGACCGAGUGACACGACAGUCGCUUGGUUUCCUUGAGUACCAAGCUCCCAGGCCACUUCCAUCUCGUGCUUCUCACACAAACAGGUAUACGCUGGCCGAGCUGCGGCAUUUUACCAUCCCGGAGGGCUUUGCUGCUUUCCUGAGACCCGAGCGUGACUAUGCUGUCUAUCGGAGGCAAUAUUUGGCGAGGCCGCUUGGAGUGCUAGAGCACAAAGCCGUGGAGAGUGAGGCUCUAGAGGCUGGUGAGGAGAGAUAG